UGUGUUUACCUGUAGUCAAAAAAACAAUGCCUCAUAAAACCUCAUUACAAACACUUUGGAAGACCAAAUUAAGACAUCCAUUCAAUCAUAUCGUCGUGGGGAAACUAUUUAGAUUACCCAAUGAUUACAUCGUUGUUGGAUGCGAGGAUGGCAUCAUCAGAAUGUAUGACAUUCCAUCAUCACAGGGACUGAAUACAGAGUUGGAUGAACCAGAGCCAAGGCAAUGUCUGGAGACCAAAGGAGGUCCAGUCCAGUCUUUAGUUCUUGCAGACAUCACUCAUUUCAGUACAGCUGACCUAAUAGCUGGAGACUCCCGAGGGACUAUGACUAUCUUCUGUAAUGGUCAGAUUCUUAGCAGACAGAGUAUCUCCGAGCUCAGCCUCAACUUUCUACAGGUGGACACAGAUGCAGCUGGUAAUCCGAGCCUACUAGCUGGAGAUACUGGUGGUGUCAUAAAUGCCUUACUACCAUACAGUCAUCUGUGGAAACUUCAACUCAACCCAGUCUCACAAUCUGUAGACAGCGGUCCCUCAGGGGUCAAGUCUCUACUAGCAACCCUCCUGGUUGGUUCUUCAGGGCAGAUGAGUAAUUACAUCUUAGCAUCAGACGACAGAUGUAACCUCCACUUCAUACAGCAAGGUCUUAUCGUACUCACGCUGAAAACACCAGCAGUCGUAACAGCCAUGUGUUGUGGCAAUUUCCUCUCCAAAGAUGAGCUACAGACCACUGAGGUAUUUCAAGGGUCGACCAGCCAGGUAGCCCUAGGUGGUAAAGAUGGCUCCAUCUUCAUCAUGAAUAACUUUCAGAUACACAAGGCUGAAUUCGCAAAUAUGCAGCUUCCCAUCAUGCACCUUGCCUCCAUAGCAACAGGACAUAGUGAUGAGUUAGAUUCACUGCUUAGUACUGGGCAUAGUAACUACGUCACGCUGUAUCACAACAGGAAGCUUGUCAAUCGAUACCAAGCAUCAGAUUGGAUCAACUCCCUGGCAGUGGCGGAUCUGGACAAGAACGGAGAGCAGGAGAUUUUAAUCGGCUGUCGAGAUGGAUGGCUGCAUGCCCUCAGACCUUUAUGAGCGAAUGUUGCGAAGACGGUCAUUCGCCUCAUCAUUCGUGGGCAUUGGUAAGCCAUUGUUAACGUCUGUAAAGCAUGCGUAAGCGUUGGCAACAUUCGUAAAGGCACCUGUAAGGCGUUUGAACCUUGGCGGGUCCCCUUUCUUACAAAUGUGGUGUUGGUGUUUGUCAAACGAACAAGUGGCCAGAGCGAGAUUCGCCCCGGUAUUUAUAGCAAUCGCGUCCGCGUAAUCCAUUGUUCGGAAAUUAGUCAGAAAAUGGCAAGACAUUGGCCACGAUGGUAAGACAUUCGUAACAUUCCUAAGUGCAUUAUUAACGUUUGUAAGCCCUUUCGUAAGCAUUCGCAAAGCAUUCGUAACAUUCGUUAGCAAUCGCUUCAUUUGUUUGAAAUUGUAGGUAAGCUCAGUCGCGACAUGCGCAACGUUCGUUGCCUAUUUGUAAGGCAUUGGCUAGCAUUGUCAAGCGUUGGUAAGCAUUCAUCAUAUAUUGUUAAGGAGAGGUCGAGGGGUGACCAAGAUGAAAAUAUUCACCAUCCAAAAGUAAUUAAUUGUUUGGCAAGUUCACUGCAAAUGUAAACAUUUUUAUUCGCAAGAAUUUAUUCAUAAUCGCAAGGACAUUCACCACAUUUUGAUUGAGUGAUCUUCGAAAAGAGGUGGAGAAUGACUAGUGAACGUUCCGAAAUUGUUACCAACGCUUACGAAACACGGCGAAUGUUGAGAAGUUUGAGCGAUUGUCAAAUAAUUCCAUUCGUAAGCCCAUUCUCUAGCAUAUUUUCCCUAGUGUGAGAGUAGCAUUAAGACGCAGUUUUCUUUUAAAGUAUGACAGAAAUAGCUAAAAGCUUGUGAUUUUUAGUUUAAUUUGCCACCUUUUCUUAUAUUUAGGUAUCUGUCUUUAUAUUAUAUGUAAAUCAACUAAUUAAGAAUAACAAUUAGUAUUCACUAGAUAUUAUUUCUUAAAUUAGCCCAAAACACCUAAUAUUAUUGCUUUGAACAUCCAACUGUGCUUUUAUGUAUUCUAUGUGUAAUGUUUAAAAUUAUG